AUGGAUGGCAACCCAGCAGAAGAGGAGGCGGACCUUUACGACCUUCUGCACAUUACACGCAAUGCGAGUGAAGCAGACAUAACAGCAAGCUACCGCAAGCUAGCGCGUCUCUUCCAUCCAGACAAGGCAGCAGAGGGGGGCCCCCACAGAGGGGGCCCCCAAGGGGGGGCCCCCAAGGGGCCCCCAUCUAUGCAGGGGGGCCCCUCUGCCUUCGUAAGAUUGAAUCGGGCAUAUUCUAUCUUAAGAAAUCGGCAGCUAAGAGAGAUCUAUGACAGUCAAGGGUUGGAGGGAGUUGAGGUGGCGGAGAGACUUAUAAGAGAGGAAGAAGCAAAUAAUCUACAGCUAGCUGUUCCUGAAUCAGGAGGGACUCUACACGAGCGUGUUGCUGCUGCACUGCGGCAGCAGCAAGAGCAGCAGCAGCAGCAGCAGCAGCAGGUACGAUUUACUGUGUCAAUAGAGCUUCCUGUAUCUUUUUUCUUUCUUGAUACUUUUUAUAAGCGUCGUCUUCGUGCUGCUCUAAACAGACACAGCAGCAGCAGCAGCAGCAGCAGCAGCAGCAGCAGCAGCAACAGCAACAGCAGCAGCAGCAGCAGCAGCAGCAUGGAGGAAGAUGACUACAAUAUAGAGGAAAUGCAACUACAAAUCUAUCCUUCUGUUGGCCAACAAAUUAAACAAAAACAAACAAAAAAUUCACAUCUAUCUGAUGUCUCUUGUAAGGAGGAGUUUUAG